CCCUCCUUCCAUUCAUGAUCUUUCACAUCGGCGACUUGCUAGUCCCCUUCUCACUUUAAUUUUACUUGAACACUCCCAAUUAUUCAGUUCCCACACGCAUUAAUUACUUCCAAACGGACUUGCUCUUUCACUCUCACCUGCUUCGCGCAUACCAAUCUCCACAGCCUUCGCGCACAGCAACAUUCGAUCACAACAACCUUCACCACAGACCUCGUUAUUAUGGCACCAGGUAGAAAGGACUGUCCCGACUGCGCCAUUCUGGAGGGAAAGUGUGCAAGGCACAAAAAUGCGUAUAGCAGGAGGAACUGCCUUGAUUGCGCCGCAAUGCCAGGAAGAUGUGAAGCCCACAGAAGGUUAGGGAGAAAUGCGCGUAAGAGAGAGGGGCAUCUGAAAAAUCAACGCAACCUCGAUAAACAAGCUGCAGAUGUUGAUGACGAGGAUGCCAUGGAUGUCGACGGUACGGUCCAACCCAACGUCAAGCUCAAGCUCGGUGUCGGUAUACCUCUUCGCUAUCCCUUGCCCCCGAAGCCGCCGACUCCUUUCAGUCAUACAAUCCACAAGCGAGCAUGUGCAGUUCAAAAGCCCGUCGCUCGUGCCUCGACAACAGAGGCAUUUCAGCGGUACGAUUUAGUCAUACACAACAAGGCGGUUCAUAAACCGACAUCGGCAGCUGCUCAUAGCGACACUGCGACAACCACCAUACCCAAGCAGGAAGAAGAAGAGAUGCAAGAAAAGUUACCGUGGAAGCAGAUAAAUAAAUUGCCCUUCCGAGGCCGUCAGACAUGAUUUCUUCCUCAAGUCGACAGACGUACAGCUCCUACAGAACCAUCAGUCAACGUAAUAGGGACCAGACAUCCACACCAUUACUUCCACCCGAGCCAGCAACCAAGUAGUCUCCAUAGCUACAAGAAAUUUCACAAAUGGAAUUGCGGAUUGGAUGCUUUAGGCACUAUAAU